AUCAGCUGCCGUGACUGCCUUUGACGCGGUCGCCCAAAGAGAGAACCCAGCGGCAGAUGCUACUUUUGAUGACUUUGGAGCAGUUGAUGAUCAGGAUGUCCGGCGCGCUUUGAUCGCAGUCAUGACGGUGGCAGAGGAAGAACCGCGCGGCAUCACGUUGGGCUGUGUUUGCCCCGCCGGGAAGCAGACAAGGUUGUGCCGGCUGAGCGGCACUACCGGUAUCGAGAUGGAAGAGGAACAGGAGGAAGAGCUCCCGUACGAUGAUCCCGGACAGCAGGUUGCGACUGCCGGUCCAGGAUUCGUUUCGGCAUUGGCAGAUGUGCUCACGCACCUGUCUGCCUUGGCACGCAAAGUGUCCACCCGUAGUGUAGGCAGCUACACGAACGGGGAGGCUUGGCCGAACAUGGCGACCUCGCAGGAGCUUCUGGCACAGAUCGCCGGUGCCAAGCAGACCUUAGAGGAGAGGAAGCAGGCCAACAGCCGGUUGAAGGAGGAGUCGAGUAGAGCGGAGGAGAGACAAAAGCUCCGUAGGCAAUUGGAGGAAGUGCAGAAGCACAUCUCCUACCAGGAGUCCAUCAACAACUGCGAGUGCAACUAUCGGCGCUUGGUCGAUGCGGAUGCGCUGGGGAACACCCCUUCCGAUGGUGUGAAACCUCUAGAGGUCCCCCCACCACGCUUCAACCCUGGGAGCAACGGGGAGCUGGUCCACUGCAGCGAGGUCGUGGUCAAGGGUGACUACGAAUGGCGGAUUGAAGGCAUCUCCUGGCUCAUCAACGCUCUGGAGCAGAACGAGGCCAACUGUGCCGAGAGUUGCACCUUCAUCGUGGCCGGGGAGGAUUUCUCCUUGGUCUACCACCCGGAAGCGGGGGAGGUGGGCUACUUGGGCCAGUCCCAAAGAGGAUCCCUCUGCAUCGUGCACCACAACGGCGACGGCAUCACCUUCCGUUACAAGGCGCUGGUCAAGAACGCGGAGGGCCAAUGGGUCCAGUGGGGCCAAGAGGGAAACGAGUGCCACACCGGAGCGGACACCUCUGGACGAGCUUUCGGACCGGAUGUUUACUUUGCGGAGUCAGCAGAAAUUCCUCCACAUUCUAUGGGAAUCUUCGGCAUGAGCCAUGAGGAGCUCCUGAAGUCGCCAUGGAUCGUGGAUGGCUCCCUGACAGUGAAGUUUGAGCUCGAAGUGCGUCCCAAUGUGGAGUUGGAUCCCAUGCCGCUGCGGAAGCCGGCUAUCGAAGUGCCGGCCCAGUCGCUGUCCAACGACCUGAUGAGCAUGUUUGAGGAGGGUCGAGGGAGCGACGUCACCUUCCUGGUGCAGGGAGAGCGGAUUCCAGCUCAUUCGCAGAUUCUUUGCGCCAGAUCUCAAGUCCUCGAGCGGCAGUUGUACAGUGGAAUGAAGGAGUCCAUCUCCAAGGAGAUUCUGGUAGAAGACACGCAGUCGGCUACGUUCAGAGCCAUGCUCAAGUUCCUGUACACAGACGACCUGGCCAUCAUCGAGGACCUGGCGAAGCAUGCACACGACAGCUCUGGAUCGUCUUGUCUGAAGUGGAAGAUGGCGACGCCCUUUCUCCAAAACCUGUUGAGCCUUAGCCACCUCUACCAGAUUAACCGGCUGCGUGUCUGGUGUGAGCAGAAGCUGUGCGACAACAUCUCUUCCAAUGAGGUCUUCUCCAUUCUCUGUCAGGCACAUCUCUACGAGGCGAAGCAGCUCGAGAAGGCUUGCCUCAACUUCAUCAAGGACAACCUGCCCCAGGUUGUGGCAACGCCCGACUACGGCCGGGGGUGUAAGGAGUGGCCUGAGAUUGUGCUGAAAAUCAGCGCUUCGCUGGCUUGCCUGGACGAGCGCACCGCCCAACCAGCCUUCGAGGCGUUUCGAGACCACAAUUUGCAGAAGGAGAUCUUGGACGGGAAGUUGGAGAAGGCGGAUAGACUCGAGAAGGAAGAGCCCAAGGAGAAAUCGGAGAAGCCAGACAGGUCGGAGAAAGACAACCACAAGGACUACAAGGAGAAGGAGAAAGCGGUGGAGAAGGCCCUUCCAGCGAAGAGGAUUCUCGUGGGCUUGGGCGCUAAAGUCAAAGUCCAACGUGCAGAGUUUGAGAUUUCUGGGCUUCUGGAUCGAGAGGGCUGCUUCAAAGCUUUCAAGGCCGGAAUCCAUGUGCUUCGCUUGUCGGGCUUGAAGACCCGUAACCUGUGUGUUUGCACUCGGUCUGGGAUUCUGUUUGAUGGCAUGUUUCGCUUGAAAAUGUGGAGGAUUGCAAAGUACUUCCAGUGCAGCCGCGAAUGCUUUGUGUGGCUUGGCUACGCAACCUUCGCUUCGAUGCAAUGA